AUGGACGACUCCUACAACUACAACUAUCACUACUACCACAGAUUCAAGUACGACUCAAAUGUCGACUACUUGGAGUAUGUUCCACACCACCAACAACCAGACCACAACAGUCCGUAUCAUCACCAGAAUAACAGCAUAAACCUUAAAGAUAACAGCAGCAGCAGCAGCAGCAGCAACAGCAACAGCUACCUAAGUGACAACACCAACUUGACAAACUUUCUAAAGUUCAUCAAAGCAAACCCAAACAUUAAUCAAAACGAAUUCUACUACCAAAGACUAGAAAACUCAUGCUGGAGAAGAAUUUGGAAAAAUCACCACAAACUACAUACCAUAAACCCAUUCAACAUCAAUUGGGACAAACAAUCUGAUGUGAAUUGGUUGUAUGCGCCAAAAGUCACAACAUCUGACAACUCCACGAGUGAGAUUUCAAUCCAGUUGAAAACAGAAACCACAAAGGAGAGCAGCAAUAAGUCAAAGAAUGAGCCGUUUGUAUUGGAGUCAAUGUUUGCCGAUAAUGAAGAGGCGGUGUUCACUGAUGACGACGAAGACAGGUUGGCGGAAGAGGAAGGUAUGGACGAUGGUGAUUAUGCUGAUGACAUGUCGAUUGAUUCGAACUUCAGCCUUGCUUCAAGAAAGGAUUCAACUUCAUCGUCACUAUUUGAAAUGGACCCACCACAAUCACAAGUACCAAAGGCACAACAAUUGAAACCCAUUCUCAAAAACUCACUAAAAACAGCAACUACCAUAACAAGAAUAGCUACUACCACUACUACCACUACUACUACUACUACUACUACAAGCGCUUCAAAAGUUGACAGACAUGGCCGUCGUGUAUCUUUCAACUAUAUCAUAAGUGCAAGGGACAUUAUUGACAAUAUUGCAUUGGAUUACAACUUUUUAGACAAGAACAUCAUCAUGUAA